AUGAUUAAUGGUCUGCCUACUAGGGGAAAAGCUCACCCUUCUUUCAUAACGAAUGAUAGGCGUGUGGUAUUGUAUAUGCUUGAUGUUGCUGCUGAUGGUUGUGCACCUGUUUUGAGAAUAAAUAUUGUUGAGAGGUCUCAAGCAACAACAACAUCAACAGCCCCAUCCUCACAGCAGCCAGUCGAUGCAAAUUCAAUGGAAAAUGAGAGCAUGGGUGAUCAUUCAAUGGAUACGGAUGAUCAUGAUAUUGAUGUCGAAGAGUGUGAUGGGCAGCCUAGUGGAUCACAAACUAACCAUGUCUUCAAUGAUGGAACUGAUUUUUACAUCGGGCAAACAUUCGAUAGCAAGGAACAUUUAAAAAUUUCGCUGAAGAAAGCUGCAAUAAAGAGUAUGUACGAGAGCUCAGAUAGGGUUUGCAUUUACAAGUACGUUGGCGAGUACACUUGUGGUGUUGAACAUGUUAGGAGCCUUCAUAAGCAUGCCUCAUCACAUGUCAUUUCAUCAGUCUUGAUGAAUGACUAUAUUGAAAACAAAGGGCCAUCGACAAAGGAAAUACAGAGGACGGUUUUCAGGGAGUUUCAUUGUAAACUGAGCUACUGGAAGUGUUGGAAGGCUGGUAUAAUUGCUAAGAACUUGGUUAGGAGGACACCGGAGCACGGGUAUGGUUGCUUACCAGCUUAUUCUUACAUGGUUGAGAGUCUAAAUUCGGGUUCUAGAAUUCGCAUCAGGCUUUCAGAUGACAACAGGUUUUUAUAUUAUUUCGUGUCUUACGCAGCUUGCAUUCGAGGAUAUACCCACAUGAGAAAGGUUAUUGCCAUUGAUGGCACACAUUUAUACGGCAAGUACGAGGGUGUCUUGUUGUCUGCCGUCGCAUAG